AUGUCCGUUGUGAGUCGAUAUGGAGCAAGGGUGAUGGAACCAUCGUUGGAUCCGAAAGUAUUCAAUGUGAAUGAAGUAGCCGUCGGAGUCAAUUUGAUUCUUUUAUAUGGAUUCGCCGCCAUUUCUGUUAUCGUUCCCACUUUACUUGGUGUUUCUCAACGAGGAUUUUUUUGCGAUGACGAUUCGAUUCGGUAUGAAUAUCGGAAAGAUUCGAUAACAGCAAUUCAACUAAUGCUUUACAACCUGGUGAUGAAUGCAGUAACGGUUUUGUUCGUCGAGUAUUACCGAAUGCAAAAGAUCGAAGCGAACAUCAAUAAUCCAAGAUAUCGAUGGAGAAACAGUCAUCUUCAUGCUCUUUUUGUCAGACUCCUGACCUAUUUUGGUUACUCCCAAAUUGGAUUUGUUAUGAAUGUCGCUCUUAACAUCGCAACAAAACAUGUCGUCGGGAGGCUUCGACCACAUUUUCUCGAUGUUUGCAAGUUGGCAAAUGACACAUGUGUCACUGGUGACUCACACAGAUAUAUAAUCGAUUACACAUGUACUGGACCUCCAGAGCUUGUGUUAGAAGCUCGAAAAAGUUUCUAUUCCGGACAUUCGGCUAUUUCACUUUAUUGUGCUGUUUGGUCAGCUCUUUACAUUCAAGCUAGACUUGGCACGGUAAUUAACAAUAGAAUUGUUGUUCCCAUUACUCAAACAGUGAUGAUAAUGGUUGGACUCGGAAUAAGCUUUUCAAGAAUAACAGACAAUAAACAUCACUGGAGCGAUGUUCUUGUUGGAGCUAUCAUCGGAAUGUUCAUCGCUGUAUAUACAAGUGUGUUCUGGACGGAUAUAUUCUCAAACAACACCACAGAGUCUGAGACACAACCUCUUCUUCUUUCCACACCUGUUCGACCGACUCGAGCGCAAUGGAGCUCUGAAGAGGAGGAGAGACCCCGAGGAGUCAUAGUUUCCCCAUCAUCGGCCAGUUCUGUUGUUUCUGCUAUUGGAGGACAAGAGUCGGACGACAUAUUAUUGCCUGUUCCAACUUCCGCAUAA